AUGGGUAUCGGCGCCGGCAUCUCUCUCUUCUACGCGAAAGCCGGCGCUAGGGUUGUCAUCAACGCUCGCGGUCUCGACAAUCUCGAAGCUCAGAAGGCAGCCAUUGAGAAAGACGUCAUCGACGCUCAAAUUGUGCUGGUUGCUGGGGACAUCACCGAUCCUGAGGUUGGCAAGCGUGUUGUUGCUGCUGCUCUAUCCGCUUGGGGAAGACUUGACAUCGUCAUCGCCAACUCGGCCACUCUGAUGGGAGGCACAGGCAGGUUCGGCGAGAAGGACCUCUUGCGAUGGUGGCACACACAGGAAGUCAAUGUGCGGGGAGUUCUGAACAUCAUACACCCGUCUAUUCCAGAGCUUCUGAAGACGAAGGGUCAGAUCAUAGUAACAUCUUCCACCGUGGCGCACGUACGCCAGCCACUGAUCGCAGAUUACAGUGUCAGCAAACACACCAUCAAUCGUUUCGUCGAGAUCCUCGCGCUUGAUUAUCCUGAGAUAACGAUAUACGCCGUCCAUCCUGGAUCCACGAUGACACCCGGCGCUGCAAGCUUUGUAGAAAGUGCAGGCUUGAAAGGCGUCUACCCGAUGGCCGAUGCGAUCGAGUUGCCUGCCGCAACCUAUCUUUGGCUGACCGCCCGCAACGCCGAGUUUCUCAGCGGCCGCUACGUCCAAGCGACUUGGGACCUCAACGAGGUAUUGGCCAAGAAGGACGAGAUCGUGCGCGACAACCUGCUAGUGACGAAGCUCGCCGGUCCAGUCAAGUCGUCUUGA